AUCUGCUCUGAACUGAAAGUCCAUCCUGGAGGAAGGAUCACGGCUGCUCUGAGGUUUCCUCCAGUUUUUCCUCUCUGAGGGUUUUCUUCACCCCAAGAGACAGAAAGAGAGAGCGAGGCAGGAUGGUGUGAAGUCUGUUCUACAUUUACAUCAUUACGUUUGAAGACAUCAGGGAGAGAACAUCAAACAUGUAUGGGUUCAUCAACAGCUGCCUCCAGUCUCUAGUGAGAGAGAGGUUUGGUGAGGAGAUCUGGGACAAACUCAGUUCUCUGCCAGGAGUCCAGGAUUCCUUCAUGACGUAUACGGUCUAUGAUGAUGUUCUCACCAUCAGCCUGGUGCAGGAGGUCUGCUCACUGCUGGGAAUCUCUGCUGAUGUGUUUCUGAAGCUUUUUGGAGAACAUUUCUUUAACUUCUGUAAGGAAGCGGGUUAUGACACCAUGCUGAGGACACUGGGAGGAAAUCUCAUUGAAUUCAUUGGAAAUCUGGACGCUCUCCAUAGUUACCUGGCUCUGUCCUAUCAGGAAAUGAAUGCACCGUCUUUUCGAGUGGAGACGACAGAGGACGGGGAGAUGCUGCUUCACUACUACUCUGACCGGAGGGGCCUGUUCUACAUCGUACCUGGAAUCAUGGAGGCGGUUGCCAGAGAGUUCUUCGACAGUAAUGUGAGCAUGGAGGUGUUGAACCAGUGUGAAGAAGAUGAGCGCACUGGGAAGAAGGAGCACGUUGUAUUUCUUGUCAAACAAACCAGCAAGACCAGCGACCGGGAGAAGACCAGUGGACCAGUAGUGGGUGUCGGUGGAUGUCCAUUUGAUUUUUCUCAGGAGGAAUUCUACAGGAAACUGAGAGUCAGGACUUCAUCCCUGUCGGGGAAAAGGAGAGGCUGGAAGCUGAUCAGAGCUGUGGUUCUCUCACAGAGAGACAUCCUCCAGAGAACCUUCACUCCAUGCUACCCAGAAAAACUGUGGAUGGAAGAGCGAUGUUUCUGCAAUGCUUUUCCUUUCCACGUCAUCUUUGAUGCAGAUCUGAAGGUAAAGCAGACAGGAGUGAACAUCCAGAAGUUUGUUCCAGGUCUGAAGGCUCCAGGGGCCAAACUGGACCAGUUCUUCUCCAUUCUCCACCCACAGGUGACUUUGACCAUUGAAAGCAUCAGGAAAUUCAUCAACAGUCAGUUUGUGUUGAAGAGCUCCAGCGACAGACAGACGCUCAAACUGAGAGGUCAGAUGCUGUGGAUGGAGUCUCUUGGCUGUAUGUUGUAUCUCUGUUCUCCAAAGCUCAGAAGCCUCCAGGAGCUUCAGGAUGUCGGCCUUCACCUGGCUGACCUCGCUCAGCACGACGUCACCAGAGACCUGGUUCUUCUCAACCAGCAACGUCUGGCUGAGAUGGAGCUCACCAACCAGCUGGAGAGGAAGAAGGAAGAACUGAGGAUCUUGUCGCAGCACCUGGAGGCUGAGAAACAGAAGACGGAGACUCUUCUGUAUGCCAUGCUUCCACGCCACAUCGCUAAUCAGCUUAAAGACGGGAAGCGAGUCGAAGCAGGGGAGUUUGAGGUCUGCACUAUCUUGUUCAGUGAUGUGGUGACCUUCACUAACAUCUGUGCUGCCUGUGAGCCCAUCCACAUCGUUCACAUGCUCAACUCCAUGUACUCCAAGUUUGACAGACUCACCAACAUACAUGACAUCUACAAGGUUGAGACUAUCGGUGAUGCCUACAUGGUGGUUGGUGGCGUUCCAGUCCCCACAGAGACUCAUGCUCACAGAGUGGCCAACUUCGCUCUGGGGAUGAGGAUCGCUGCCAGAGAAGUCACCAACCCCGUAACAGGAAAACCCAUACAGAUCAGAGUUGGUCUUCACACCGGCCCUGUGUUAGCCGGGGUGGUGGGCCAGAAGAUGCCUCGCUACUGCCUGUUUGGAGACACCGUCAACACCGCCUCCAGGAUGGAGAGUCACGGACUCCCUGACCACAUUCACCUGAGCUCCUCCACGUACAGAGAGCUAAAGGAUGCAGGGUUCCACAUUGAGGAGCGAGGGCAGGUGGAGGUGAAGGGGAAAGGCCAGAUGAACACCUACUUCCUGCUGGGGAACCCGCUGCUGUCGGAAAACGGCAUCAUGGGAAUAGAGGACGGAGGGAACCGACUUUACAGGGAGGAGCUUCAUGGUCAGAGCAGUAAAGAGCCUGAUCUGAAACCUGAUGCUGAGUGCAGAGGCUCAUCUAUCGCCCCGGACAACUCUGGCUCAGAUGGAAUCACCCCGUUUUCCUGGGAUAUCACCCCCCCAUACGACACCAAUGAGAGCAGCUACAACAAACAGACACACAAUAACAGCAAACUCUGUGUCUUACUUUAACUGCUGCUGCUGUAGGACUCUGCUCCUCCAACAACACAGAGAAAAGAGACAGACUAGUUUUAGUUCUAAAUGUGACUACAUCUGUAGGGUUUACUAUGGAACUAAAGGCAGUUAGCAGCACAAACAGCAGCUCUGUAGGUUCAUCUGUCAGAUCAGAGCUGUAAUUCAGAAACACAUGAUGACUAAAUGGAACAUGUGCAGACCGAAGAGGUAAAAUAACCUUUAAUUAUGUCCACUUACCAAAGCUGCAUCAUUCUGAGUAAUUAACCUCAAACACAGAGAGAUGACACCAACCCAUAAUCCAUCUGUCUAUCUGUCUCCCCAUUAGUUGGAUACAGAUCUGAGAACAGUUUAUCUUAGUUUUAGGGUUAAAACUAAACAGUUUAUCUUAGUUUUAGGGUUAAAACUAAACAGUUUAUCUUAGUUUUAGGGUUAAAACUAAACAGCUUAUCUUAGUUUUACAGUGGCACGCAGGUAAGUCCAGCUCAGUGGGGCGAGCAGACGGCCAAGACAAGAAGAACUUCUGCAGAUGAGAAGUUUACUUGAGCUUUACAAGGAUGUUAACAUCUACCCUCAACAUGAAUAAAGAGUUAAACGAGUUUGUCCAGCAGUCCCUCUGAUGCAGUCAGGGAUCAGAUUAACAACAACAGCUCAGACUGUUGGACAUGCAGACGCUGCUUCCAUCCUUUCAUUAAAACUAAUGCAGCCUCUCUGACUGCAGUCCAGCGACACCAGAGCUCAGUAACAGUGGACAGACUGGGAGGGCUGUCUGAACGGAAUGAAGAUGAUGUCUGCAUCCACACACUUGGAACGUCUCGAUAAAAAACACGGUUCAGUCUGAAACCAUCAGAUCUCUGGAGCUUUGUCCUUUUUCCAGCUGCAGCCAAACAGAUUUUACUGUGACGGAGAUAAAAACACGGAUGUUUCUAAACUGAUGUGAAUUCACUGAGCUUAAUUAACGUAAUCUAUUCUCCAUCAUCUGAUCUUUAUAAUAACUGUACCCAUGCUGGAGUCUGUACCUGCAUUCCUUUAGGUUAUUACACCCCCAUGUGGCUGACUGGACUACAUACAGCAGAACUACACCAGAAAUAAACCACUGCUUACAUUCAGAUAAUCAUCUUUAAACGUGUCUUAUUUUAAUAUAACUAACUCCAGUCUACACAGAGAGCUGCUGAACAUCAGCUUUUCUUCAGAGCUUCUUCCAUUUCACAGUCAGAAUAGUUGUUGUGAAACAGACUUUUCACGGUAAAGCUGCUGACAGAGAGCAUUCUGCUUUAUUAGUGGCUGCUUUUAGAAAUGACUUCAACGCCAUAAAAGCACAUGAGUAAUGCGAGUGUGUGCACACACAGAUAGGAGCACACACCGAGACUCUCUUCACUGUAGUGGGUUGUGUAAGAAGAUAAUGGCUGAUCCAAAAUCAGUCCACUCCAGCCCAUAAUGACACACUGUUAGUGUCAGAGAUGAGGUAGAGUUCUUAUGUAAGCUGUUGGAUCAAACACACACAAACACAUGUUCAUCCUGCUUUAUAAAUACAGAAACUAGUCAGAUUUAUGCUGUGUUUGUCUGAAUAUAAUCUGUAAUUAAUAAAGUACUGAGAUAAUAAUAUACAGUAGUGAAGGGCUGUGGAUCUGAAUAACAAAACAACAAACUGGCAGCAAACACCAUGAAAACACUAUUUUCUGAUUUUCUGUAUUUAAAUGUGAUCUUUCAUCUCACUUACAACCAGAGAAAGGCUAAUGUGGUGAAGUUACAGAUUUAAUACAUCCCUGUUUAUUGACUCAUUGUUGAUGACGAUGAGGAGACUAAUUGCGUUUCUAAAUUGUCCCUGGUGUCUGUUCUCCGUGGAGCCCCUGGUUGUUGUUCUGAUACUGACUCAACUUUAUAGGAGGAAGUUUGAAAAAACAGCCUCAGGCUUUACGGGGUUAAACUCACAACACACAAACUGUAACACAAACACACCAUUUAAAAUUAGAUAUGAAGCUUUAACUAAAAACUAAAUGAAACAGUCCUGGUGUUGGAUUUAAUGACUUCCAGGAAAUGCUUGCACAAUAUUCAGGAGGAACGUCAGACGUCGUUGAGAUUAGUUUUACGUCGAUGACUGAAAGCCCAGAGGAAGGACUUUAAUGAGAUAUUAUUCACUGUUUGAGCUGAUAGACAGACAGACAGACAGACAGACAGACAGACAGAUAGAUAGAUAGAUAGACAGAUAGAUAGAUAGAUAGAUAGAUCUUUAUGUUGGUUUCUCUAGGAUGAACUGUUCCUGAUCUGAUAGUCUGACUCAGAGGACUGAAGGUUUAAACCUGUCAUCUGCUUCACUUCUUUCUCCUUCACUUCCAUUUAAAAUCCCCUUCAGUAACCUCCCACGCUGAACAUUUAAAGUUUUCGUUUGUCCAGUAGGCAGCCCUACUGGUUUCUAUCCAUUUUAAUUCAGAUUCAGAUUCUGAAUUAAACGUCAGUGUCAACGUCAGUUCUCUCCUCAUCUUUGAUUGGUUGAAAGAACUACUACAUACUACUAUAAAGUGUUUUUUGUCACCUAUGGAUGAAUGAUAAUGACGUGUUGUCAGACUAUUCUGUAAAGCAGAAUGGUCUGACAACACAGAUCAGAGAUCUGAUGACUCAGUUUUGGUAUUUGUCUCUAAGAUUUGGUUUCUUUUUGCAAGGUUUGUUCCUUUAAUGUGAUGUGGUCAUAAAGUCUCUCCUUCUUUGUGCAGUUACUCAGUGUAGAUGUAAAAUCUCAACUGUAAAACCUCUUAAAUAGCUUCAUCAGUUUAGCUUACUAAAUCUAAAUACAUGCGUUCUGCUCAUUUCUAGUUUUUUUUCACUUAAAAUGUCAACAUUUUUGUUUUCAGAUCGCAUUAAAAUUUUAAACAUGACUUCUUAGAAUGAUGCGUUCAUUAAAUAAACACAUCUCUCUCUUAUAAAUGUAUUUUACUGCUCUUUUAUGUCAUGGCCAGGGGACUACAGAUGAAAACUAGCCUCCUGGCUAAUUCUGGCUUUUUUAACCAUGUGUGAUCAUGUGUUUUAUGAAA